CGUCCAUGGCUGGUCUCUGAUGGCACUUUUCUCCUCCUUGCAGACAGCCUGGUGAAGAAUGUGAUGGGAUCACUAGCAUGUCUGCGGAGAGCGGCCCUGGGACAAGAUUGAGAAAUCUGCCAGUGAUGGGGGAUGGACUAGAAACCUCCCAGAUGUCUACGACGCAGGCUCAGGCCCAACCCCAGCCAGCCAAUGCAGCCAGCACCAACCCCCCGCCCCCGGAGACCUCCAACCCCAAUAAGCCCAAGAGGCUGACCAACCAACUGCAAUACCUGCUCCGCGUGGUGCUCAAGACGCUAUGGAAACACCAGUUUGCGUGGCCUUUCCAGCAGCCUGUGGACGCCGUCAAGCUGAACCUCCCUGAUUACUAUAAAAUCAUUAAAACGCCUAUGGAUAUGGGAACAAUAAAGAAGCGCUUAGAAAACAACUACUACUGGAAUGCUCAGGAAUGUAUCCAGGACUUCAACACUAUGUUUACAAAUUGUUACAUCUACAACAAGCCUGGAGAUGACAUCGUCUUGAUGGCAGAAGCUCUGGAGAAGCUCUUCUUGCAAAAAAUCAAUGAGCUGCCCACAGAAGAAACGGAGAUCAUGAUAGUCCAGGCAAAAGGAAGAGGACGUGGGAGGAAAGAAGCAGGGACGUCAAAGCCAGGUGUGUCCACGGUCCCGAACACAACGCAAGCAUCAACUCCGCCGCAGACCCAGACCCCUCAGCAGAGCCCCCCUCCCGUGCAGACCGCGCCUCACCCCUUCCCCGCCGUCACCCCAGACCUCAUCGUCCAGACUCCCGUCAUGACCGUGGUGCCCCCCCAGCCACUGCAGAUGCCCCCACCGGUGCCCCCCCAGCCACCGCCCCCACCGACGGCAGCUCCGCAGCCCGUGCAGAGCCACCCACCCAUCAUCGCCACCCCCCAGCCCGUGAAGACUAAGAAGGGGGUGAAGAGGAAAGCAGACACCACCACCCCCACCACCAUCGACCCCAUCCACGAGCCGCCCUCACUGGCCCCAGAGCCCAAGACGGCCAAGCUGGGGCCCCGGCGGGAGAGCAGCCGGCCUGUGAAGCCCCCAAAGAAGGACGUGCCUGACUCGCAGCAGCACCUCGCCCCGGAGAAGAGCAGCAAGGUCUCGGAGCAGCUCAAGUGCUGCAGCGGCAUUCUCAAGGAGAUGUUCGCCAAGAAGCACGCGGCCUACGCCUGGCCCUUCUACAAGCCCGUGGACGUGGAGGCCCUGGGCCUGCACGACUACUGCGAUAUCAUCAAGCACCCCAUGGACAUGAGCACCAUCAAGUCUAAACUAGAGUCCCGUGAGUACCGAGAUGCUCAGGAAUUUGGUGCCGACGUCCGACUGAUGUUCUCCAACUGCUACAAGUACAACCCGCCUGACCACGAGGUGGUGGCCAUGGCACGCAAGCUCCAGGGGUGUCAGGGCGGGACGCUGGCACCUGAGCUUGUCUGUCUCGUCAUCAUCGUCGUGGUUACUAAGCGGGAAGGCCUGCUUCCUCUGGACCCGAUGGCCGCCAUGGGGGAUGAGGCUGAGCAAGGAGAAACUCCUGCUCUCUGCCCCGGGCGCUGCGCUGAGGUCCACCAGCACCUCCCUGCGGGCCACACUGCCCCGUUCCGCCGCUCCCGUGGCAGGCCUGCCUUCCAAGCACAGGCGUCGAUGGGGUCGACGUGGCUGUCGGGCUCCCGCAGAGCUCCAUCCCACAGACGGAGCGCGGCUGCACAGCGGAAGCCCGGGGCCACCCGCCAUGGACGCUCCUCCCCUGUCCCCGCCAUGGACGCUCCUCGCAACCCCAUGGGCCUCCGGCCUGUGCUCCGUGACCGCCAGGCCCCCAGCACGCAGGGGAUGGGAAGGGCCUUGCGCCUUGUGUGCGUGGCAGCCAGUCUGGAAGAAGAGCACAGAUGCCUCUGUGGUGGGGGAGUGGCCGAGGCCGAGAAAGUGGACGUGAUCGCCGGCUCCUCCAAGAUGAAAGGCUUCUCCUCCUCCGAGUCAGAGAGCACCAGCGAGUCGAGCUCCUCAGAUAGUGAAGACUCGGAAACAGAGAUGGCUCCGAAGUCCAAAAAGAAGGGGCACCCUGGGAGGGACCAGAAGAAGCAUCAUCACCACCACCAUCAGCCACCGGCCCAGGCCCCGCCCCCCCAGCAGCCCCCCCCAGCCCCCCAGCAGCCUCCACCACCCCCACCACCACCGCAGCCACAGCCGCCGCCGCCGCCGCCGCCUCCACCGCCCUCCAUCCCGCAGCAGGCCCCUCCUGCCAUGAAGUCCUCGCCCCCACCCUUCAUCACCGCCCAGGUGCCCGUCCUGGAGCCCCAGCUCCCGGGCAGCGUCUUCGACCCCAUCGGCCACUUCACCCAGCCCAUCCUCCACCUGCAGCAGCCCGAGCUGCCCCCUCACCUGCCCCAGCCGCCUGAGCACGGCACUCCGCCCCAUCUCAACCAGCACGCCGUAGUCUCUCCUCCAGGUGAGCCGUGGCACUGCCCCAAUUCUCCACCCCCACCUCAGCCCGCCAAGCCCCAGCAAGUCAUCCAGCACCAUCCCUCCCCUCGGCACCACAAGUCGGACCCCUACUCGACUGGUCACCUCCGCGAAGCCCCCUCCCCGUUGAUGAUACAUUCCCCCCAGAUGCCGCCGUUCCAGAGCCUCACCCAUCAGUCUCCCCCCCAGCAAAGCGUCCAGCCCAAGAAGCAGGAGCUGCGCCCGCCCUCGGUGGUGCAGCCGCAGCCCCUGGUGGUGGUGAAGGAGGAGAAGACCCACUCGCCCAUCAUCCGCAACGAGCCCUUCAGCCCCACGCUGCGGCCAGAGCCCCCCAAGCACCCCGAGAACAUCAAGGCUCCAGUCCACCUGCCCCAGCGGCCUGAGAUGAAGCCUGUGGAGGUCGGGCGGCCUGUGAUCCGUCCCCCUGAGCAGUCGGCACCGCCGCCCGGGGCGCCUGACAAGGACAAACCCAAGCAGGAGCCCAAGACUCCAGUGGCACCCAAAAAGGACCUGAAGAUCAAGAACAUGGGCUCCUGGGCCAGCCUGGUCCAGAAACAUCCGACUGCCCCGUCCUCCACCGCCAAGUCCUCCAGCGAGAGCUUCGAGCAGUUCCGCCGCGUGGCCCGCGAGAAGGAGGAGCGCGAGAAGGCGCUGAAGGCCCAGGCCGAGCACGCCGAGAAGGAGAAGGAGCGGCUUCGGCAGGAGCGCAUGAGGAACCGAGAGGACGAGGAGGCGCUGGAGCAGGCGCGGCGCGUGCACGAGGAGGCGCGGCGGCGCCAGGAGCAGCAGCAGCAGCAGCGUCAGGAGCAGCAGCAGCAGCAGCAGCAGCAGGCUGCUGUGGCCGCGGCCGCCGCCCCCCAGGGCCAGAGCUCGCAGCCCCAGUCCAUGCUGGAUCAGCAGCGGGAGCUGGCCAGGAAGCGGGAGCAGGAGCGGCGGCGGCGGGAGGCGAUGGAAGCUACGAUUGACAUGAAUUUCCAGAGCGAUCUCUUGUCCAUAUUUGAAGAGAACCUCUUCUGAGAGCCCUUGGUGACUGUGACUUUUCUGGGAAACGUGGACUCUCCAUAGUGUUAGGGGCGCGGAGGAAGCGGGGCCUGGCCCCAUGCAUGCUGUGCCCGGGGCAGGCCUGGCGGGAGCGCAGGAGCGCGGAGCCCGCCUGCCUUACAGCCAGCCGGAGGACAUGAGCCCCGCGCCGCGGGCGCCCGCGUGCCGGCCAGACCCACGCCCCGCGCGCCCCCAUCCGGCACCGGGGGAGAGGCCCUUCUCUCCGCCAAAUGUCUACACAGUAUACACAGACAUCGUCGCUGCCACCCUGACUGGUUUCCUGUCCGUGAGAACGUGGCGUCCGUGGCGCCCUGCCCGCCGGGAGUCCUGGCCCACCACGCAGCAUGGCCGCCUGUCCCCCAGGAGGCUCGGCCGGGCCCCAGCGGGCUGCCGGGCGGGCCUGGCACCGGCCACCCCCUGCUGGCACUGACUUUGCCUUGAACAGACGCCCUCCCCUCCCCCCACAAGCCUUUAAUCGAGAGCCGCUCUCUGUAAGUGUUCGCUUGUGCAAAAGGGAAUCGUGCCGUGGAGGUGUGUGUGUGUCCGUGGCCGCACGUGCGGGCCUCGCUCACCAACCAAAGUCAGUUCUUCCCACCUGUGUUUCUGGGUUUUUUGUUUUUUUGGGUUUUUUUGUUUGUUUGUUUGUUUUUGGUUUCUGGUUCUUUUGUUUUUUUUUCUAUAUAUAUUUUUGUUGUUGCUGAAAUCUAUUUUAUUUUUAAUUAUCUCCUCUCCAGACACGAUGGCACCGCUUCCCUCGGAAAUUGUGUGCUGGUGUCCGUGGGCAGCGGCCCGCCCCGCCGCGCCACGGCCGUGUGUGACCGUGGCUGUACUGUGUAGUGAACAUAGCUGGCAUAUCUUUGUUUGAAGUUUGUUGGUGACUCCACCAAACUGGUGUAAAAAAAAGAAAAAAAAAAGAAAAAAAAGAAAACACAAAAAAAGCAAAA